CGGGUCCCGGCCCCGCUGCUCGGUGCGCGGCGGCGGCGGCGGCACCGGAGCGGCGGCGGGGGGCUGGGGCGCGUCGGCCCCGCAGCUGCGGCUCGUUGCGCUCCGCUCGGCCCCGCUCCGCCCGGCCCGGCCCGGCCAUUAACAGCGGCGCGGUCCCGGGACGCCGCAUGUGAGCCGGGAGGGCAGCACCGCCCCGCACCGCCCCCGCACCGGCCCCGCGGAGCUCCAGAGCAGCCGGUACCACUCCUGCCCCUCUGCCCCGGCACCCCACCACCCCACCCCACCAUGAGCAACCUCAACAAGGACACCGAGCACACCAACGGCAGCGGCAACGUCGAGGAGGAGGUACGUACGCUGUUUGUCAGUGGCCUUCCUGUGGAUAUCAAGCCCAGAGAGCUCUACCUACUCUUCCGACCGUUCAAGGGUUAUGAAGGGUCACUGAUCAAGCUAACUUCAAAGCAGCCAGUUGGCUUUGUGACCUUUGACAGCCGGGCUGGUGCUGAAGCAGCAAAGAACGCCUUGAAUGGCAUCCGCUUUGACCCAGAGAACCCCCAGACCUUGCGGUUAGAGUUUGCUAAAGCCAACACAAAGAUGGCCAAGAGCAAGCUGAUGGCCACACCAAACCCCACCAAUAUCCACCCUGCCUUGGGUGCACACUUCAUUGCACGGGACCCCUAUGACCUGACUGGAGCGGCUCUUAUUCCAGCAUCCCCAGAAGCAUGGGCUCCCUACCCACUGUACACUACGGAGCUAACCCCUGCCAUCCCCCAUGCUGCCUUCACAUACCCGGCAGCUGCUGCUGCGGCUGCUGCUCUUCACGCUCAGUGAACUCCAGCCAUGAUGCCAGCGCAGGCUAGCCCUGAAGCUCAGAGCUGUCCCUGGAGAUGGGACACCCUAGUGAUGCCUUAUUGCAGCUAGUGGAGUGGCUGUACUACAGCUCCAUUCCUAGAAGUGUUAAGCAUGAUGGCAGCCACGUCUGGGAAGACUGGUAAGGUAACCAUCUCUCCUCCAAGGUGCACCAUGGGAUUUGCAAGCUUCUGCCCAUCUCUGUAGCCCGUAUCUCCUUGGCAACCCAGUGCAUGGGCCUCACGCUACCCACCCACCAGAGCCUGGGGAAUGAGAUACCAGGCCUUCUUUCUAACCCACAUCUCCAACUUGGCAGCACAUGACAUGGCGCACACAGCAUGGCACCAUCUUACAUCAACUUCUCCCAGCUGAGCCAGGCUCAGCCAUGUCCCACCAGUGGGAGGGGAGCAGCCCGGUUGAGCUGGGGCAGAGACAACCCUGCCACUCGGUGUGAAAGAAACCUGGUUUCUCCCCAACCAUGACCCUCUGAGGGCAACCAGAAAUACACCUUGACCUCACUCUUGGCACAUGGUGGGGGCGGUGAGUGACGUGAUAGUGAUAGCACACAACUAAAUUCUAGUGGGCACGUUAGACAACAGCACUUGUCGGUCACUUUGUUCCAGAAUUGCAUACCGGGACAGACCCUGCCCUUAAUUGUGGGUCUAAUCUCACCUCUUUCCUCUCCAGUUACUGGAAAUGGAACAAGUUCCUACCUGGAGCUUGGCUUCUCUUUUGCAACCUGAAAUCGCAGGCAGGAUGCAGGUCUUGAGCCAUAAUGAGGGGAAUCGGCAGCCUGGGAGAGAUGGGAGCGGCGUAGGAAACUGGGAGCUUUGGAAGAGGGAAGAUGGCCUGGCCUGGGACUGGUUGGCAGGAUGGAGGCUGUGGUUAGCUCUAACUGAAGGAACAGAGUCCUGGCUCACUUCUUGCAGUGGUUCUGGGUAGACUUUUUUUAUAUAUGCCCCCCUGCUGCAUGGUAGUGAUGUUGGGGAAAGAAGUCAUCAAAGCUGGGGGCCCAGGUCUGCCUCUGACCUUGGAAGAAUGAGAUGCAAAGAUGUGCAGAGUUGAUCCCCUGGGAAGAUGGGGAGAGCUUGACACAAGCAUGGAGACAAUGAUACAGCUGGUCUUGUUCUGCUUGGACCUUGUGACCAGUUUCAUCUAUUGUUUGUGUAAUGGAGUUGGGAUGCAUUGUGUCUCUGAUGUGAAAGCAAUUCUUUUGGGCUGUCUCUAAGUCAGGCUCUGAGUGGGCAGUAGGACACACCAGGGGCUAUCAAUGCUCUUGGGGCUCUUCUGCAAAGAGGUGCCAGCUGUGGCAGCACCCCCAGGGGCUGGGCUCUGCUAUGGGCAGGGGUGGACCUGGGAAGCAGGGGCUGGAUGCAGGACUGGUUCAUGAGAACAGGGUGAGGCUGGUGGUGGUUACAUUAUGGUGCUUCUAGGAGACUAGGCUGGUGCAUUGGGUACCCAGAGCCCAGGAGCCUGUCUGUGGUAGAUGCUUCCAAGACAGGGAGCAGGUCAUGGAGUGAAGUUUCACAGGUGCUAAUCCUUUUAGGGGGUGGACUACGCAAGGUGCCCUCAGAGGUCUGUGUUGCUUUUGCUGGCAGCAGCCCUGUCUGGAGACUUUGAGGAGAUGAUGGAGAUGGGUCUCUGAAGUGGGGAUCUGCCCAGGUGAGUGGAAGGAGCGGUCCAGGAUCAUGGCUAUGCAGUGGUGGUGGUGCAAGAGCUCAGCAAGAGCUGAGGCUUCCCAGCACUGAGCUGAGGCAGAGCCCAUUGAUGGAAGGAAAGGUCAGCGUUCAAAAAAAAAAAAUAAAAAUUCCCUCUUGUUUGCUGCCUGGGCUGGCUCAGAGCAAGCUGGAUCUCCUAAGCAGUGGCUGCUGUUGUGGGUGGACAUGAGGCAGAUCCCAAUGGCUGCGAUCUAGGGUGCUGGCCUUGGAGAACUUGGAGCAUGGGGGAUAUCUGCUGGCGUGGGCUUAGGUGUUGUGCUUCUCCCAGAGUAUUGCCUUCUGCUGUUUGCUGGGGGUGUGACCACCUGGGUGCCACCAGCCUGGCUGAGCCCUGGAGCACCAAGCAAAGGCUACUGUGAUGGAUCUACUGGACAAUGGGCAUCCUGCCUUUGUGUACCACUAACCUCUGGACUCUGUGGUCCCAUCUGCAAAAUCUCCUGGACUUCGUGUUGUGGCAGCUGAACUCUGAAAGACCCUCCCUGGGAUGGGAGGCUGGAGACAGUGGCAGAUUUUCUGUGCCUAAUAACCUGUUGCCUGUUUGUUGGGGUUGUCAUGUAGGACUUUCCAGAAAUAUUUUUUUCUGGGCAAUCUCCAUGCUUCCCAGAGGUGUGAAGUGCUCUUAAAGACCCUCAUGGUUAUGUGGUCUUACUAAACUUCAGUGCUGGCCUAGCUGGCCAAGCAGCCCUGACAAGCUCUCCCCAAGCUAGCUGUUUCCUCCUGGCCAGAGAAGAGCAGGCAGGAGAUGCUCUUAGUUCCUCCAGGUACCUGCUGGGCAGCCAUUCUUGCUGAAUCACACCUGGUGAGUGAACUGGACUGAGAUGCCAUCAGAAGUGACUUCCUGACCUGCGGCCAGCAGUGGCUUUCCCUGGCUAGUUUAACCCAAAGGGAAGCAGCACAGCUCUCUUCCACUCUGGGAAAGGGAGAGAUGCUUGUUUCCUGUGGCCUGUGUGGUGGCUCUGUCUUCAUGAGCUGUAGUGUAGGCUGCUUUCAAGGCCCAGAGUUACAAGACGUUGGAUCAGUGCCUGUUAAAACACUCCUUCUAAGCAACAGGAUGGACUGGUGCCUGUUGUCUUCUGCAUGCUCCUCAAUGUGGUGUGAGAUGUGCUGAUUCUCCAGCUCCCCCUCACCAUAGCUGCCUGGGGAGAUGUCUGUGCUUGAUUUGACUGCAGUAAGGUUUUCUUGGUGGUGAGAUGGGCUGCUGGGGUCUUAGGCAGCAUGCAAGCAUUUGGAUGCUUGUCUCCUCAAUCCAACCCCCUGAAGGACGCUGGAGGCAGAUGACUUGAGUGAAGUGCCUGCUGCUGAGGCUGGAAGUGUGUGUCCAGAGAGCUGUAAUGGAUGACAUUAGUGCCUUGUAGGUGUACCUUUGCAGGCUGUCCCUGCCUGCCCUGGGUCACAUUCCCAUCAGCUGUGUUUCUAGCUGGAGCAGAGCAGCUCUUGCCAGCCACCAAUGUAGUCUGCCCAAGGCUUGCACCCAGUGACCCGCAGCCUGGGGAACAUGGUGACUGGAGUGCUCCUGGCUUGCUGGGGUGAGGCUGUCCCAGCAGCACAGCUGAAGAUGCUGCUCUGUGUGUCAGCUGCUGAUAAUUAGAUGCAGGUCUUGGACAUACUGGUGGGGGUCCUACCAGCUCCCAGGAGCACCACGGAGUGCUCUGUCCCUGCCUGCACAGUGAGCCUUUCUGGUACCUGGGGAGGUGGCUGGGUCUGUUCCAGCUGCAGGGAUAGCUCUGAGCUCCAUGAGAUGCUGGGGCUGGUGGCAGAGCAAAGAUAGGCAGACCUAGAACUAACUAAGAAGGAAAGGCAGGCCAUCCAAGCUAAAGGUGGCUUGAGGAUGGGUCUGCAUGCUUAGUCCUCCCUUCCGACCCCCGCUUUUUCCUGCUGAAGGCAUAGUUUUGGGCAAGACAGGGAAUUUAAAUUCUGAGGGUAACUGGGAGAGACAAUGGAGGACUUGACAAGGACAGUGAAGUGCUGAUGAGGUGUUUAUUUGCCCCAUUUGUCACUUUUUGGUGACUUUUGGGAGUGCUAGCCUUGUGCUGAAGCAAGGGAGAGGCUCUUUGCUUCUGGAUGUUUCACCUGGCCUCUGGAAGGUAGCAGGUAGAGGCACAAAUUUCUCUUCUCCAGCUGUUUCUGGGACAGAUGUUGAAUGUAGCAGCACAAGGCUGGCUGCAGUUGGCUGGUGCUGUCUCAUCCCUAUGGGCAGGCGAGCAGGAGAUGUUUGUAGUGGUGUGGCCAGACUCUUUUCCAACUGUGAGCUAAUGCAGCUCCAGAAGCCACUGUGUCACUUCCAGUAAAAUCCUCCCUUCCUCUGCCUUCCUUGCCUGGUGUUGAAUGUCUCCAUUCACUCUUCCUCAGCUUCCCCCUUGACAGACAUAGUAUUUUGAAAUAACUUAUUUUCUGAAAGCCCUCAGAGAAAUUUGCUCCAUACAGAGAAGUGCUCUGGCUUGGCCUGCUGGGUUGUAAUCCUCUUGAGACAACCCUGUGCAGUCUUUUGUGGUGCUGGCUGCCCCUUCCAGAUGGCUCUGGGAGCCCCCUGUUUGCAGAGCCUCUCUACCCCCUGGGAAAAGCAAGGUGCCUGAGGCCCUUUGAGGGAUGCAAAGGGAAAACUGCCUGGGCAGGUGCCACAGUCCUGGAGAGCAUGUCCUCUUGGCUGGCUGCUGCCUCUGAUCUGUUUAUUCCAUUGUUUUCGGAUGGUUUCAGAAACAUCCCUCCUAGCGAGGGGGUGU